AUGGAGCUUUGCCUUUCAUUAAAUAGUCUGACAUGUCCUUCCAGAAGCUGAGUCCUUCGAUAUUUGGUCCAUCAUCUUUCUAGUCUUGACAAAUCUUUGACUGCCUUACCUUACUUCACUAUAUACACCACAGCCUACCUUGUCAACAACACCAACUCAUAUAUCUACACAGCAAACUCUAUAUCCUAUCGACACAAGACCAGCAACAUGCAUCCUUCCAAGUUGCUCACAAAUCAGCCAAGCAAGGCCAUCUACAUUGAUAGCAUUGCCACCCUCUCCGACCCUCUCUCCUCCAUGUCUUCCACGUUCUCUCUUGUCUCCCUCCUCACCAUGGCCUAUCACAUCCGAACACCGCUGCCCUCGAGCCAGGAACGCCUUCUUACUCUCUUGAACACCAUGUCACCAGCCUUAAGGACAGAGACAGAGUCUCGAUACUCUCGUGAGGAGAUCCUCAACUCCUUCGUCCACUUUCUCAGCCCCGUCCUCAACGGCAUGGCAGGCAUGCUUGAGCUUCUCACAAACGUCGACGCCUUCUCACGCCCAGAAGAUUUCCGUCAAUUCUGGAGCCUUGAGAGGAGCAAUUUGAUCAGAGACUUUGUGGAGAGUGGGGGACCGUUGCGGGGGAUGCAGGGCUACGACGUCCCCUUUCUCGAGACCUUUGUGAAGGACCCCUCUUGCAGAAUUGCUCUUGGUAGCAAUAAUGGUAUGCUUUUGUUAGUCCCAGGAGAUGCCGAGGUCGGCGAUGAUGUUUGGUGGGACGAAGUUGAGCAGCAUCUCGCCGUCUCUAGAAAAGGCGCUGAAGACCUCAACACCAAUGCUGAAGCCUAUCUUGACAAUGGCUCCAGGAUAACCGUUAUGGCUAUUUCUUCUGCCACUUAAGGAUUGGCGAUUUCGCACCUCAUGACGACUUGACGAUACAUUUUGACUCUACUGAUACGUACUCUUGGAUUUUUUUUUUUUUUUUUUGGGAUAGGAGAUUUGAUAUCCACAGCGGGAUUUUUAACAUUUUUUGGUUCUUUUGGGAUUUGCAGGCAGCUAACUGCGCUUACUGGAGUACUAUGGCGGCGUAUGAGCGAUGAUGAACCUACCUACCCAAGUGAAAAUAGAGGUAGCAUAGAGCAGGUCCAUUGAGUUUAUCUUUGAUAUGACAGUUGGAAAUUUAUCAAACUUUUAUCAUAAA